UUCCAUUUUGAACUCUCCUAUUGGAAAAAUAGUUGUUGAAGAUAAUGACCAGAACUUUUCUUCUUCACAUUCAAAAUCACUAUCAAAUAAUAAUAAUAACAGUAAUACACCUAUGUUUUCUUCUGCAAAAACUAUUAAUACUGCAGACAAAUUGAUGCCCAAUUGUGAUUUUCAAACAUUUGUGAUGAAUGCACUAACAAAAAUGAAAUACGACAUUUCUGGCAUUAAUUCAAAGACAAACGCUACACAUAUUCAUUUAAAUUCUUUUGUAACACAUUUUGGGAAUUCCAGUAUUCAAGAACAGCUGAACAAUAAUCAAAUAGGCCAAACUUCAGACUAUUGCAAUUUAUUUCCCAUUCAAACUGAAGAAGAUCUUCAGGCUGCAGAGAGUAGAAUUCUUGAUAAGAAUGUAAGAUUUAAUUUGGUACUUCAAUUGUCAUUGUUAGUUGGUAUUAAAGGUGUUGGAUAAAGCGUUCGUUGAUUAAUGAUUAAAAUGUUCUCAGAUGAAAUCCUUACUAGGAUUCAAAAAAAAAAAAAAGGAUUUUUCCAAACUCGGAUGCUAUAAUUUAUUGAUAGGUAAGUUUAGUAUAUCUCUUCCGAUAUUGUACUAUAUUACUAUUAAAAGAAUAUCAUUAUAUACUCUCGAGUGUUAAUAAUUAAUGGAUACGACUUAUAUAUUACUUCUAUAAGUUGAACUACUUUAA